UUUGUUCAUACAACGCAAAAAUAUUUUGACUGUCAGUGGAAAAGUGCAUCUGCAUUUUUUAUUUUCUUCGAAUUUAGUAUAAUGCAAUUUUUUGCUCAGCAAUUAAGUAAGCAAACUGAGCAUUCUUAAAGCAACACAGAAAGAAGCAAAGGAAAAAUAUAUAGAGCGGUACUGAAUUAUUACCAAUAAAUUAUUCUCGCUGAUAAAAUUCAUAGUGCUUAAGUAACCGAGUGGCUUCUUGGAGUGACCAAGUUUACGCCGAAGCUGGAUCUUCCUGUCGCUAAUACCAAUACGAGAACCAACAACAUCACAAAAUGCCUCUUCUUUAUAGUGUAAUAUCUCGAGGUAGCACGGUGCUGGCUAAAUACGCCGAAUGUGUGGGUAAUUUUGCAGAAGUCACCGAACAGAUAAUCUCGAAAAUAGGGAUAGAAAAUCACAAGUUGACUUAUUCGCAUGGAGAAUACUUAAUACAUUACAUUUGUGAGAAUCGCAUUAUAUAUAUGUGUAUUACAGACAACGAAUUCGAUCGUACGCGCGCCUUCCUUUUUCUUGCUGAUGUCAAACAGAAAUUUAUACAAACUUAUGGACUACAAGUAGCGACCGCUAUUGCAUAUGCAAUGAAUACGGAAUUUUCAAAAGUUCUAGCGGAACAGAUGGCACAUUUCAGUGAAUCGCGCGAGGUGGACAUGAUUUCAAGAGUGCAUGGACAAAUUGAUGAAUUGAAAGAUAUUAUGGUAAAAAAUAUCGAUAGUCUCCGCGAUCGAGGUGAAAGACUGGAGUUGCUCGUUAAUAAAACCGAUAAUCUUAGUAAUAAUUCCGUUGCAUUCCGCAAAGCUUCUCGAAAUUUGGCACGACAAAUGUUCUGGAAAAAGGUUCGCGUCUACGUCGUGGUAGUGCUUAUAAUAAUUUUUGUUAUCUAUGUGAUCAUAAGUAUGUCUUGUGGUGGCCUGGCAUGGCAGAGUUGUAUUGCAAAUUGAACAAAAAAAAAAAUGGAGAAUAUAAAAAGUUCGACAUAAAAUAUAUAUCUCGAUAUCUCGUCAAAUAUCUUUAGUUACUACGUUUGCGACCCGCAUUCAUAUUCAAUUAAUUUUUUUUUUGUAUCUGUAAUCGUUAUUUAUGUAUAUGCUUCUUUUUUAUUAAACAGCACAUUUGUUAAUCGGCGAAUGCACGAGACGAAUCAUUGACAAGGUUCAGUGCAUGAAAAAUAAUCCAAUAUUCAUUUAUAUAUUUAAUCAGAGAAUGUAUUUUUGGUACAUACACACAUAUGUAGGCAAGUAUGUGCAAAUUAAAAAUAUAUUUAAUUAAAUAAAAAUUAAAACAAACAAUUUCGAUUAAAUAUUAA